UCAUAUCACGCACUGUUAUUCACAGGCAACACGAUCGACAUGAUCAACAUCACGAGCCAUUUCACGAUGGAAGCUAAGGAAAAUACCACAUUUUUACGUUCUGUCUUAGCCACUUUUCCAACUGAUCAGCUGAUUUUCGUAUCGUGUCUUCUACUGUGCUAUCCUCUGGGGAUUUUUUAUCGUUAUGUUCUUAAUCCUAAGCGUGUCUCGUCUACUGUCAGGCAUGUGGUUGGCUUAUUCUGGGGAAUAAUGUUUGGCUGGAUUUCAUUCAAAUGGCAAUUUUUCAUUAUUAUUGGCAUGGCUUUCUCCUGUUAUGUUUUGAUCUCAUUUUUAAACCCAAAGUUUGUUCACAGAUAUGUAUUUGCAUUUUCUCUGUUGGUGCUGUCAGUUGGACACCUAUGUCGUCAAUUGACUGAUUAUGGAAGUUACAAAAUGGAUUUUACUGGACCUCUAAUGAUAAUUGUGCAGAGAGUAACUUACAUUUCACUCAGCGUCCAUGAUGGUCAAGGCAGAGAUGAAAAAGACUUAUCUGCUGAACAGAAGAAAGAACAACUGAAAAAAGUACCAAGUCUCCUAGAAUAUUUUGGCUACAUAUUACAUUACAGUACACUGCUAGCUGGUCCUGCCUGUACUUAUAGGAAAUAUAAAGACUUCAUUGAUGGUAGACACUUUAUAGAAAAGGAUUCAAAGAGAAAAGAGCCAUCAUCGCUAGUACCUGUCAUAGAAAAAUCUCUAACCAGUUUAGCGUGUCUGGUAAUUUAUUUCAAAUUUGCACCUAGUUUUUCUCCCAUCUUGAAUACAGAUGAGGAAUUCAUUGCUACUCAUUCAUUCUUAUGGAGGUUGAUGUUUGCAUGGUUCUCCAUGGUAACUUUGCGCAUGCGCUACUACUUUGCUUUUAAAGGAGCUGAAGCAGUCAACAACUUGGUUGGGCUUGGUUUUAGUGGCUACGACGAGAAAGGCCAGCCCCUGUGGAACGGCAUGCUACAUGCCAACAUUCUUAAAGUCGAGUUCCCACUCAACAUGAAAAUGAUCUUUGAUAACUGGAAUAUAUCAACCGGCUCAUGGUUGCGGAGGUGUGUGUACGAUCGAGUGACCAAACAUCGUACUUUGGCGGUGUUCGCGCUCUCUGCUGCAUGGCAUGGCUUCUAUGGUGGUUACUACUUGACGUUUACUAGUGCCCAGUUAUGUCUGGAGGCGGCUAGAGCGUUUCGACGCAGUUGGAGAGAGAAAUUCCAGAAGACUGUCAUCUUGUCACGUGUGUAUGACGUCAUCACUUGUUUGAUCACUGCCAUGAUUCUUGGUUAUUUGACGGUACCAUUUGUUCUAUUGGACCCCUGGCAAGGGCUUCGCUUUUGGAGGUCCAUGUAUUUCUUUGGACAUAUUAUAAGCAUUAUGGUUCUAUUACUACACCGAGGUAAAGGUUCCCGCAAUAAAAGUAAAACUUCAGACACGACGACUACUACUCAGGAGAUCAUGCAAAACGGGCUGAUAAAAUCCUCAGCCAGGGAGGAAAAUAAUGGUUUGAUAAUAGGCCAGGAUGCCACAUGUCCUCAUUAAGUCAGGGGAGUAUCAAGGCCAGUUUGGGGGUCAACCUUAUAAUGCAUAGUCCAAAUUAAAAGGGGAUGCACGCAUCCCUUGAACCUUAAUACUUUUUAAAUUUCAGUGCUAGCGAUUUUAUACAAGAAAAUAUUGGAUUACAAAUAAUAUAUUAUUACAACAAAAUAGGUCACGUUAUGCGAAUGACAUAGGCUUCCUAAGGUCUCCUAAGGCUGAGAAUAACGACUGAGAAGAAGAAAAUACAAAUAAGAUAAAACAAAAUUGAUCACGUUAAACGAAUAAAAUUCGCAAAUAAUUUGACUAUUAUAUUUAAGCUAUGAAGACUCCCAUCUUGACCUGGAUUCAUGGUGACAUUGUUUAAAAUAUAAUCAAUAGGAAUUUUAAAAAAUGUGUUAAAAUAAGCCUGUUGAGAGCAGUUAGUUUAGUAAACCCGUGAGAAAGUAGGCUAUCGAAUAAGUUCUUUAUGAUGGGUUCAAGUCCUGCACUCCAAGUUUUAUUUAAUCUAUUAUGUAGUUCCAUUUUUUAGAGUUUUCAGAUUAAAUAUAGUUCUUAAAAGUUAAAGGUUUUUGGUAUUUGAGUUGUGUUUGUCUAGAUAGGCCUUUUUCACACUCUGACCUCAGCCAUGUUUAUUCCAACGAGAAUGAGCUACUUCGAUGAUACGGCGGCCAUCUUGCCAGGGGGCAAAACAAGACAAAGAUGAUGGAAAAUAUAUAGAGUUUCGUGUGUUUGUCUUUCUUUUAUGGGUAAAGGUGAUUGAUGAGCUGUGUUACUUCAUCUUUUGUUGUAUUCUCUUGUAGUGAGCUGUUAAUAUCAAUCGACAUCAUUACUGUAAGAAAAGCUUGAUUUGCCCCCUGGACCCCCCAUGCCUUGCAAUCCAAGAUGGCUGCCAUAUCGUGGAAGUUGUCCAUUAAAGCCUUUGUUUUUGAAGUGCUUGAAUGAGAGGCGAGCAAAAAUCUAUUGUUCAAGCCAACAUGGCUGCUGCAUGACAAAGUUAACCAAACUUAAAUUUUUUAACUUUAUAAAUGAAUAGUUCUAGUAAUAUUAGUAGCGUUGUUAGAACCGUUGAAGUGAAAUGCAUGAUGGGUGCUUGUGGCAAAAUAAUCGCGCCGUUUUUUAAUGAUAUAAAUCCCAUAUUGCAUUGCGAACCAAAAUACUUAGAUACUACUCAUAUUACUUAGAUUUCAAUGGUUUCAAGGUUUCGAAGAAAGAUAUCGUUUGAUUGAGAAUUUUAAAGAAAUAUUUAAGGGAAUAAAGGAUAACAAGAAGAAUUCUA